CUCUUCCUGGCAGGGUUACCACACCUGUGAAGCAACCUCCCCGAGAGAGGGCCUAGUGUCCUGGCCAUGAGCUGCCUAUAAAUGCCGGGCAUGCACUGCUCUACCAAACCUCUGUGUGGCUCCUCAGCUUCAGCUUCGAGUGCAAGAUAGCUGGAGAAAUGUCGCAGAUGGAAAAUAGCAUAAACACCAUCAUCAACGUCUUCCACCGGUACUCAGUGAGGCUGGACCACUUCGACAAGCUGAACAAGAAAGAAUUCGGACAGCUAGUGAGAAAAGAGUUGCCCAACUUUCUCAAGAAGGAGAAGAAAGAUGAGACGCUCAUAAACGAUAUCCUGGAAGACCUGGACACCAAUGCAGAUGGCGAACUGAGCUUCGAGGAGUACAUGAUGAUGAUGGCGAGGCUGAUUGUAGCCUCCCAUGAGGAGAUGCACAAGAAUACCCCUAAAGGAGAAGGCCACAGCCACGGACCAGGCCUUGGGGGAACUGGCCCUUGCCCUGGCCGCAACAAUGAUGGUCAUGGCCAUGGUCAUGGCCACGGUCAUGGCCACGGCCAUGGCCACAGCCACUAGGCAGGAGGACAGGCCAUUCUGCACCUCUCUUGCCAGGGCCUCAGAGAAUGUCAGGCCACACAUUUACAGCUGUGGGGCUAGAGAUCAGAGGGGAAAUAAAGUCUUCCUUCAAGCCAG